AUGUGCGAUGUCUAUUGUGAGGUGUCAUCAGUGGUGUCCAGAUAUGGUUGUCACAUGCGGGCACAGCCUGCUGCCCGUCUAGCUAGCUUCUUCCCUCUUCUGCCCAGACAUGUUCUACUGUUCCUAUCUUAUGAUUCUGGACAAGAAUCUAUCUGAACUAACGUGAAUCAGCAAGGAAUGGGCUGGAUCACCCGCAAGGCACUCAGCUAUGCUACCGUCACGCUCUAUGUUACUCAGCACCCGGACUCGGACAACAAGUCUUUGAUGCACAUCGACAUUGAUCAGACGGUCACUGGUGGCAUCAAGGGUACCAGUGAGAAGCGUUCCACAGACUGGAAUAAGCGCGAGCACAAGGAUCAUAUCUUUGGCUCCGUCGUCGGCCAAAGCCGUCUGGUCCGUGGAUCAAAAGGCGAAGAUGGCAAGCUCCGGCCAAAGACAGAGUAUGUGACCAAAAUCGGCGGAAACGGUGUCGAUGAUGAAAAGAUUCAGAAGUUCUUGAACGGAGAAAUCUUGCCGGACGGCACCGAGUCCGAGGGCUGGCUGCUGGAUGCAGUUGGCGACGACUUCGGUGAGGGCGAGGGACUCUUCCUGCAGAACUGGGUCCGCAAUGUUGAUCAGGGCUACGGAUGGACUGCAGAGCAGAUCUGGGGCUUUGAAAACAUCAACGGCAAACGUUACUACACUCGUCGUGUCGUCGUUGCUGCGAAGGAUGGCAGCUACCAGCUUGGCCGCCUAGUCUACAACUACCAGGGCCCCAAUGAGACCGCAGGCAACAAAGAACAGACUCCCGCUCAGUAACAAAGAGACUCUCAGGAAGCCACCACCUUGCCUGGUCGCGUUUUAUUGUUACGGUUGACUUCAUUUGAGCCUCAGGUCAAGGUGUUUCCUUCCUGCAAGCGCUCUUUAGAGCUACUUUUUGGCUCCUAGGUAGAGAUAGCGUCGGCUCACGCCAUAGAAUAAUUGCCUUUUCCAUUCCCUCUCUUACGGUCCAAAGUUGCUGUACAUGUACACUCAGUCAUACGAGACUGUCAAUCGCAGUAGGACCGAAGAUAAUGCUCCAUUAUCAGAAGCCAGAAG